AUGUUCGUAAGUUCGGACGAGGCGACCGACGGUGAAGUUGAAGAAACUCCACGUGCGGGAGCGGUAUGGACCCGAAACCACGAGGCUUGUGAGCUCAACAUUGAGGUAGCCUUCGAGAACCCAUUAUUGGAAUUUACACGACUGACGGAGUUUAAACUACAAUAA